AUGAAUGAAACAAUGGUUCAAAACUCAACCGACAACAAGACACAAACCGAAACUCCUCCAACACAACAACAAGAAUCAAACAACCUGUUGGGAACAGUCGGUGCAGGAACCAUCGGAGCAACAGUUGCAGGAGCCACCACCUAUGUAGGUGUGCCACUCGUUGCUUCAUCAUUGGGUUUUGGAUCGGGUGGAGUGGUGGCUGGAACGACAGCAGCUGGCAUGAUGAGUGCUGCAGGAAAUGUGGCUGCUGGUAGUUUUGUGGCUGGAUUGCAGUCAGUUGGUGCUACAGGUAAAUUUAAAUUAUUUGUUUGUUUGAUUGAUUGA